GGCCGGCUAAAACCAGUCGUUUGGCGUUCUUAUUGCUAUCAUCUCACGCAACACCAUGCAAUAGAAAGAGUCGAACAAUUAUUACUCAUUGCCACCCACGUUCAGAUGCUCAUCCUCAUGGGUCGGGGAUGAUGCUCGGGGACGAUAAAUCCUUUCACUGCCGGGGAUAUCCUUAUAUAUAGAAGUAUUUGAUCGAGACUCACCUCGCAAUGACUCGAGGCAAGAAACGGUCGGACAGCCGACAAUUCGAUCGUGUAAUCGAGCAAUCUCACGAUGAGCGGAUUUAUUCGAACAUUCCACUUCCCGACACUCGUCCUUCUAUUCGCCACAUUCGUCGCGGGUUCAGGGGCGUACGAAGGAAACGUUGGGAGUUUAUCGUACAGCAGCGCUUCAGCGAACGCAUACAGUUCUUCAGGAACAGGAUUUAUUGGAAACGAGGGACACAAAGGAAUUCGUAGUUACGACACCAGUGGUGGUCAUAACCAGCCAAACGGUGGAGGAGGCCACCAAGACGGUGGUUGCAAAUGGUCCAAAUGUAAAUGGGAGAACGAUGAUUACUGGGAAAAGGAAGAAGAAGAAACUGAACCGGAAGAAGAAGAUGAAGAUGAGUGCUACGACGAUGGACAGUACAAAGUUCACGAUCAUAGGCACAAAAGUAAAGGAGGACCGCCUCCUGGUGUGCAGAAAUUAGGCGCGCCUAAUCCUUUCACCGGUCAACAAUCACAAUACACAGGAGGUGGUGCUCCUUUUGGAACAGUGACACCAAUCAGUGGCCACUCACAAACCACAGCAAGUACACAAGGAUCACAACAACCGUUCAAUCAGCAAUCAGGUUCAACGAAUCAAAGAUACGAUGGUCCAACACCUGGAACAGGUUUGCAUCCUGUUGCGGCUCCUGGAAGUUGGUCGAAUGCAGAUGUGUCCACGGAUAAGAAUGGGCCUAAAACAGGUUUUGGAUGCGCAGGCAAUUAUCAACGCGAGACUGGCUGUGCUCAAGGCCCAAGCGGUACUCCUCCUGUCAAACAAUCUCCAUUACCAUUCCCCGGAAUUGAAGGCGUUCGAAAAGAAAAUUCUCCUGGUUACUUUGGCAGUCCUCCGUCCGAAUGUUCGGGUAGUCCCUACGAAAAAUGUAUUGAUAAGUCUGGAAGCCAACCAACGAGGCCAUACGAUAGUGAUAAAGCUUUACCAGAUAUAGAACAAGGGCGAUAUCCUGGAUCGCCGCAAAACGUACCUUACGGGCCACAAUACUCGGCGAGUAAACCGCCAGAAAGUAAUACAGGGCCUUACAGUCGACCAUUGCAAAAUUCUCACGUUGGAAUAAAUCUUGAUUCUGGUGCAGGCAGGCCACCAAUAUUCGGUUCCACAGAUUCAUCUCCGUUCAGUUCUAAUGGUUCCCCGUUUGGAACUGCGCAAACGUCUGGUCCUCCGAGCGAUAACGCGCCACGUGUAACUCAGAAGCCAGGUUAUAGCAGCGUGAAAGGUUCUUCGGGUGCAGGAUCUAGAACUUCGAAGGAUGGAGAUAGUAAAAUAUUUUAUAUAAACGUGACACCUGCUUCGGGAAAACCCGAAGGACAUAACGCGGAUGAAAAAACACAACCUCUUUAUCGGCCUAAUUACAGUGCUACUGGAACAACGAGACCUUCUUACCAACCUAAUCCUCACGACAAUGCUCAAACGACGAAACCUGCUUCCUAUGAUGGAAAAACGCAACCUUCGUAUCAGCCUGCUUCUGAUUUUGGAACGACAAAGCCUACUUAUCAACCUAACGUUUAUGGUGGAACAACGAAACCUUCCUAUCAACCUAGUCCAUAUAGCGGUACUGGAACGACGAAGCCUUCUUAUCAGCCCGGCCCUUAUAACGAUUUUGGAACGACAAAGCCUGCUUAUCAACCUGGCGUUUAUGGUGGAACAACGAAACCUUCUUAUCAACCUAGUCCAUAUAGCGGUACUGGAACGACAAAGCCUUCUUAUCAGCCUGGCCCUUACAGCAAUUUUGGAACGACAAAGCCUGCUUAUCAAUCUGGUCCAUAUAGUGGAACUGGAACAACGAAGCCUUCUUACCAGCCUGGCCCUUAUAAUAAUUUUGGAACGACAAAGCCUGCUUAUCAACCUAACGUUUAUGGAACAACGAAAUCUUCUUAUCAACCUAGUCCAUAUAGCGGUACUGGAACGACGAAGCCUUCUUAUCAGCCUGGCCCUUAUAACGAUUUUGGAACGACAAAGCCUGCUUAUCAACCUGGUGGAACAACAAAAUCUUCCUACCAACCUAGUCCGUAUAGCGGUAUUGGAACAACAAAGCCUUCUUAUCAACCUGGCCCUUAUAGCGAUUUUGGAACGACAAAACCUGUUUACCAACCUGGCAUUUAUGGUGAACCAACGAAGCCUUCCUAUGAACAGAAACCUUACAAAGGCCCAGACGAAACGAAACCUCUAUCGGGUUGUCAUAGCGGAUCUCGAGGUUGUGAAAAUAGGAGCGGAUGUGGCAGUCAGACAAAUGGAAAAUCACCAGAUUCUUGUGGUCAGCCUGGUGUCCCUGUAGACAUUAGUAAAAUCUCUGGGCCAAUAGCAGGCUCUGACGCGUAUUCAAAUGAUUUUUCUCAAAGCUCUCAAAAAAUCAUUCCUGGAUCGAGCGGUCAAUUAUUUAACGGAUCUCCUAUUGGAGGUGGUAAUAGUCCAUACAAUUGCUUAAGCGGAACUGAUUGCGUUUCUGGACCAGGAAACCCAUCGUAUGUUCCUAACAAAUUUGAUAAAACAAAUAAAAUUGUGGAAGGAGGAGGAUCGUAUCCAUCAAAUCCAUUUUUAACCGGGAAGAUUCCUAUCCCUGCUAUUGGCGGACCAACCGUAACGAGUACCAGUAAACCGAUCGGUCAUGGAAAUCCUUUCCUGCAAGGAAACGUUGGUGCCAUCUCAGGAGCUUGGAGUCAGUCUAUCGGUGGAGCAGUAGCGCAUCCUGGUGGCAGUAACAAAAAUGUCGUUUCGAUCGAAGAAGAAUCAACCAGACCACUAGACAAAGACAAUCCCUUCCUUCAUGGAUCAGGAUCUGCACGAGGAGAUAUAGGAAUCGAUGACAAAACAACAGGAGAAACUGAUUCAUUGAUUCCAGCCAUCGAUCGAACUUAUGCUGGACCAGGUCAAACGAAUGGAAAUCCUGUCGGCCAUUAUCCUGGAUUGACCAAUGAUGGAAGCUCGUCAGCCACGAAAAAUCCAUCUGGGACAAAUCGCGGCUCGGGAAGCGGAGGAGGUAUUGGAAUCGAUUCGACAGGAUUUGGAAAUCUUCCUGGAUCCUUUGCUAACUCGCAAGCUUCUAGUUAUGCCAAUUCCGGCUCUUAUUCUGGCUCUGGAGCACCAUCUUUUGGACAAGCGAGCAGUGGAAGUUGGGCUUCCAGCGGAGCGAAUGCAGCUUCCUGGUCCUCCAGCAGUGCUUCCGCUUAUGCGAGUAGCAGCGCUGGCAGUUGGUCAGGAGGACAAUCAAGUCAUGUGAAAGGAUAAUCGACGAAAAAAGAUAACGUUGCAACAAGUGCUGAAAAUAAAUCUCAAUCAUUCUCACAUUACCAAAAAGAUCUUUUUAUUUUGUCUCAUUUGCACAUUUUUGUUUGUAAUUUAUUUUAGUUUCUCAUUUAUGAUAUAAUCUUGUAUGAAAAAAGAAAUCGCUGUUUUUUUUUUUACAUCAAUAAUCCUACACGCGCGUAUCUUGAUAAUUGAUCCGAGAAUUACUGCCAAUUCCUCGAAAUGAUUAAUCACUAUACUAAGAUUAUUAUCAAGCGAUGUUUCAAUAGAUAAUAACGCAACUAAUGAAUCGGAUAUACUGUUAUAAACGGAUCUGAUGUAUUAUUGUUAAAAAAAAUACAAAUCAAUAAAAAAUAUUAUACAUCAUUGUUA